AUGGACGCGCCUCAGGUUCACGUGGAUGCGCCGGAGAGCUCUGCGAACGUUGGAAAAGAAGGCGAAAGCACGCACCCUCUAAAAAUUACGAGCGACCGUGAUGUGGACGCAGUGAACGAAGGCCAAGCAGACCCCACUGAAGACAUCGAUCUGCCAGACGCUGGCGCAGCUGAGCCAGAAACGGCACCAGCACCGCCCAAGAAAAAUCCUGGCUUUCAAUUUCUAGACUUUCUAAAGUCACCUAUCGUUGAACUGAUUGUCGGAACCGGAGAGGGCAAAACUAGCUUGUCAGCACAUCAAAGUCUGCUUUUAGAGUCGCCUGUCCUUGCAGAAAAGGUCAAGGCUUUGGGUGAAUCGAGCUCUCGUUGCAUUGAGCUUCCCGAGGAGAAUGUGGAAGCCUUUGGUUAUUUCCUCCAAUUCCAGUAUACCCGCGAUUAUUCCGCCUCCCAGCUUGAAUCCCAUACCGAACAAGAAGCAGUAUCCGGUGGAAUAGAUGAUAGUGGGGAACAAUUGUUGAAGCAUGCGCGAGUAUACACCUUAGCCGACAAAUUGGGGAUCCCCGCGCUCAAGACACUAGCACACUCGAAGAUCCAUCGUAUAAACAGCACCUCGCAUGGCGAGAUUGCAUAUGCUCGCUAUGUCUACAUGAAUACUCCGGUCGACGAUGUUACUAUCCGAAAGCCAGUGGCUACGUUCUGGGCCCUGAGGAGCCACAUCCUGCGCCACGAAGCUGAAGACGAAUUCCGAAAACUCUGUCUUGAGGUUCCCCAAUUCAGCUUCGAUGUUCUUAGUCUUGUCCUCGAUCAGAAGGAGAAGCGUGCUCAGGACAAGGCAGAGUCAGAGUCAGCUGUGAAAGGAAGCGGACGGAAACGACUUCGGAGUGGGUUAUAG